GUUUCAAGAGUCGAGCAAAGUACCCUUUCUCUGCCGGCACGACUUUCACUUUCACCCUCUUCUCUUCACGCUGGCACUGUCAGGAUCUACUUGAGGCAAUCCAGGCUCGUUGAUGUUGUAAGGCAGUAAUGCAGACUUGUACACUGACAGGUAUCCACUUCUUUUUCCAACACGUUUUGCAGAGACGACUGCAGUUACAUUUCCAUCCUCGCCGGCACUCUUACAGUCCUUGUAGAUCAUGUUCCACUGCUCAAAUUGACAGUGUGUGUCACCGGGGCACCAACGAGAGAGAAAAGAAGGAAGCGUCGCGGUGGGACUGUCAGAUUCUAACGGAAUAAAAAAAUCCCGGGGGUCCGCAAUCAGUAUGUUGGAGUAGGUCCGCUGGAACCGGAGGACACAGUCAAACAGUGCUAGAUCGAGGGAAUGGUCGCAUAUGUCAGUGUCGUUCAACCAGCGGUGCCAGAACGUCACACUCAGGUAAAAGUCCUCGACAGACGUCUGAAGAAACUCUUCGUCGAACUUUCCCUGGUUGAGAAAGAGCGAUUCGAGAGUCAGGUGGACGUGGUCCACUCCGACUGUCUUCUGGUAGCGGAGCCAGUCCUCCACGAAGGGGGUGUAGUGGGGGAGCAUGGCAGCGCACACAACUACCUCCCCGGCACCGUUAGUCUUCCAGUUGUGUAUGACCGGCUGCUCUGCUCUCGCCGUGAAGAUUGCCUUCUCUCCGGAUAUCGGCUUGGUGUAGCUGAUCCACGCCGUGUCCAGGUGGUCGGCUCGGACGUCGUAGCAGUAGAGGAGUCCCACAGUGUGUUGGAACGUCUUUGAACUGCAGUUCUUGUCUUCUAUUGAAACCACCUGCAAGGGACGCACAGAGAGAGAACGUUUA